UGUCUUUGGGUGCACUUCAGGGCAGGCUGUGGUGAUUGUGAGGUGCCAUGGAAAAGAGAACAGAAAGGGAGGCUGCGGAGGAAAACUCUGCCUGCCGACGGCGAGGAUCCUGACUCAAGGACUGAUGGCUGUGCCACCUGGCCCUUCACUGUCCUGGAAAAAGCCUCGCGUGCUGCAGAAGUGAAAGUAGAGGGAGCGGGAGGAAGCUGCUGCUUGGGGGACGGAAACUGGGCUGGUCUGAACAUUUUACCUGGCUUCUUUAUGUUGCUAUCUGUGCACCUGGUCCCCACAAAAGUGCGGCUUGCCCAAUCCUGGAUCUGUAGUUCUUCCCGUUCCUUCAUGGAUCUGAAGGCUCUCCUUUCCUCCUUGAAUGACUUUGCAUCCCUCUCGUUUGCUGAGAGUUGGGACAAUGUGGGAUUACUGGUAGAACCAAGCCCUCCACAUACUGUAAACACACUCUUCCUGACCAAUGACUUGACUGAGGCAGUCAUGGAGGAGGCUCUACAAAAGAAGGCAGAUCUCAUUCUUUCCUACCACCCACCUAUUUUCCGACCCAUGAAACAUAUAACCUGGAAAACCUGGAAAGAGCGUCUGGUGAUCCGGGCACUGGAGAACAGAGUUGGCAUCUACUCUCCUCACACAGCCUAUGACGCCGCACCCCAAGGUGUCAACAACUGGUUGGCCAAAGGACUUGGAACUUGUUCUUCCAGGCCCAUACACCCUUCCAAAGCUCCCAACUACCCAACAGAGGGAACUCACCGAGUAGAAUUCAGUGUUAACCACACCCAAGACCUGCACAAAGUCACAUCUGCACUGAAAGGAAUUGGAGAUGUUUCUGUCACUUCUUUUUCUGCUAGGUUUGAUGAUGAGGAACAAACACGGAUCAGUGUGAACUGCACUCAGAAGGCUCUAAUGCAGGUGGUGGCUUUCCUUUCCAAAAACAAUCAACUUUAUCAGAAAACUGAAAUUCUGUCACUGGAGAAGCCAUUGCUUCUGCAUACUGGCAUGGGACGGUUAUGUACGCUGGAUGAAUCUGUUUCCCUGGCAACAAUGAUAGAGCGAAUCAAAAGACACCUAAAACUGUCCCAUCUUCGCUUAGCUCUUGGAAUAGGAAAGACCUUGGGGUCCCCAGUCAAAGUUGUGGCCCUGUGUGCUGGUUCUGGGAGCAGUGUUCUGCAAGGAGUAGAGGCUGACCUUUACCUCACAGGUGAGAUGUCCCAUCAUGAUGUUCUGGAUGCUGCUUCCAAAGGAAUAAAUGUCAUCCUUUGUGAACAUAGCAACACUGAACGAGGCUUUCUUUCUGACCUUCAAGAAAUGCUGGGUGCUCACUUGGAGAAUAAGAUUAAUAUUAUAUUAUCUGAGACAGACAGGGACCCUCUUUGUGUCGUUUAAAAUACACAGGAAUGUCACGGGGACACAAGCUGCACAUCAUUUGGAUGGAAACAUGAAUUUGCAGCCUGCAUUGGUGGUGUGGCUACUCUUCUGAAGAAGUGUCUUAGAAUGAUUUAUUGCUGUCAUUAACCUGGAUCACCAAAUGUUAUAGCUCAUAAGGUAAAAACCACAGAGUAACAACAUUAAAUAUUCAUUGUAAACUCUUGGGAAAGGUUUCUUGGCAAAUAAAUAGGGUGUGUUAAUCUCAA